UGUUCAGAGUGUUUGCGCUCGUGCUCAGAGCUCAAGGCACGUUCAUGGACGCAGGACGUUGCUGGAAUAUUUAAUCGCGGCUUUACAACUAAAUAACUUGCAAAAAAACAAAAACAAUUUUGUGCUCUCUGUUCGCUUUCAAUUGAACGUUUUUGUUCUUGAAUAAUCUAAUCUUCUUCAGGCAGGUCAGCCUGCUGAUGCGUGUUCACCUGAUGGAAUAGCGCGCGUUCCCGUGUCCAGUGAUUAAUUAAUAAUUAAUUAAUAAAUUAGUUACGCACUUCUCAACGCCGCAAUGUUGGACUCCUCCGUCAUGAAUAAGAUCGGAAUGGUGACUAAUAUCCACACAAGAAUCCGCACAGAACCUUUUAAGAACAACUACGACCUGGUCGGUAAAGAACUCGGCAGAGGGAAGUUUGCUGUGGUGAAAAAGUGUGUGGAGAAGGCCACACGGAACGAAUACGCUGCCAAGUUCCUCCGCAAAAGGCGGAAGGGUCAGGACUGCCGAGCUGACAUCCUGAAUGAGAUCGCCGUGCUCGAAGCGGCCAAAGCCAACCCUUACGUGGUCGGGCUGCACGAGGUGUACGAGACCAGCUCUGAGAUCAUCCUGGUGCUUGAAUGUGCUGCCGGAGGAGAAAUCUUCGAUCAGUGCGUCGCCGAUAACGACGAGGCCUUUACGGAGAAAGACGUGAUCCGGUUGGCCCGGCAGAUUCUAACCGGAGUGGCUUUCCUUCAUCGCAACAACGUCGUUCACUUGGACCUAAAGCCUCAGAACAUUCUGCUCACCAGCGCUCAGCCGCUCGGGGACAUCAGGAUCGUAGAUUUUGGUCUGUCUCGACACGUGGACAACAAGUCAGAAGUGCGUGAGAUCUUGGGAACUCCAGAGUAUGUAGCUCCUGAGAUUCUGAGCUACGAGCCAGUGACCACAGCUACAGACAUGUGGAGCAUCGGCGUGUUGACGUACGUGAUGUUGACGGGCGUGUCUCCUUUCCUGGGCGAGGAAAAGCAGGAGACGUACCUGAACAUCUCCCAAGGAAACGUGGACUACACAGAUGAUGUCUUCCAUGGGAUCUCGAGCCUCGCCGUGGACUUCAUCCAAUCGCUGCUCCAGCUAGACCCCAGAAAUCGCUCCACAGCAGACGAGUGCCUGGGUCACCCCUGGUUAAACACGGACUCCAACAGCCACAUCGCUACCACCAUCACCUCCACAUCCACCUCCACCUCCACCUGCACAGCCGACGAGCAGGAAACCAGCCAAUCAGAAUCCGAGCCCGAGAGCCCCGAUUCGCUUCCCGACAUCCCGCUGUAUCCCAUGUGCCCAGGACAAGGGGAACUGAAAACGGGCCGAGACACUUUCACUUUUACAGAGUCGUUCCCGAGUCGGCCUGAAAUGCAGCAGGAGCUGAUCUGUUAGUGACAGCCACAACGUCCAAUCAGACGGGAGCUCGGUUUGUCAGCGGCGUUAAGAGAAGGCACUGGUGUGAAGUGUGAGCUGGUUUGCUCAGGUGAUUUCGGCCCUGGUCGUGUGUGACUUUUUUAGGUGUGCCCUUGUGACUAGAAAGAUGUGCCCUUUAAUAAGACACCUAUAAUAAUUGCAAAUUGUUAAUAAUUUUUUAAAUAAUAAUAAUAAUCAAAUUUAAAAGCAAGUUUCUCACCAUACAAACACAAAAGCACAUCAGUGUAAGUAGAUGCUUCUGUGGUUACUGAGUCUGCUGGUCGGAAUUGAAUCUUGGGUAAUUCUUACCCGAAGAGCUGAACUCUGAACACCAAUGAAAGCUCGUGAGCGCAGAGACGGCGGAAAGACGUUCGGCGCUCCGUCUGCACUUACAAGGUCACCGAGGUGCGAGACCGGAGAGAGUCCUCGCCAUCGGAUCUUUGAUCAGAUCUUUCUCUUGGCGCGCUUCAAACUUUAGCUUGUGUUUUUUUUUACAUUUUUUUCCCCUAGCACUUUCUGAAAUAUAAAUAAAUAAUUAAAAUGGCAAAUGUGUCAAAGACUUUGGUGUAGAUAAGCACAGUUUAGAGUUUCGAGUUAAUGUCCACACGUGUACGUGUACGUGUCCAUCACUCCAUCACUGUAACCACUGUGUAGAUCACCGUCUCCACCAUGUGCCACAAACACCCACUUUUUCCUUCCUAUAGAUUUAAAGAAGGUUUUGCUGUGGUUGCACAAGUUUUAUGUAUAGUCCUUCACAUUAACAGGCUCUUAUUGUCUUCUUUUCUUUUUUAUGUAAAAUUUUCAUGCUCUUUAAAGAGAAAAAUCGGCAUUCUCACAAAAUGCGGUUACUUCAUCUGUAAAAUAACUGUCUGUCUGUGUGUCCGGGUGGGGAAGCGUUCGGGUUUCGGUUUAAUUUAGCGACUCGACGCUCAUUGGAUAAUUCAGAAAACGUCUGGGGUUCAUGUGAGUUAAAUCCAUUUUGUUUGUUUUAAGAAAGAAUAUUGUGUAAAGUAUUUUUCUAUUUUCCAUUUGUAUUUGAAAAUAUUGAGUAUGUAAGAAAAUAUAAAGAUUGUCUUAAUUUAGAAUUUUAUGUAUGCUUAUGGCAAGUUUGCACUUGUGUCCACUGGACCAUCUCUCGAUGAGUUCGAUGUUAUUGGCAUUGCUGGCAAAGUAUUGAAGAAUAAUAAAUGUACAUUUUUGUA